AUGUUUCCACUGCGAGACCUGCAAGAUGACCCUCAACAUGAAGAACUACAAGGGCUAUGAGAAGAAGCCUUACUGCAACGCAUUCGCUACAAGGAGGAGUUUGAGAAGAACAAGGGGAAGGGUUUCAGCGUGGUGGCUGACACCCCCGAGCUGCAGAGAAUCAAAAAGACUCAGGAUCAGAUCAGCAACAUAAAGUACCACGAGGAGUUCGAGCGCAGCAGGAUGGGCCCCAGCCCUGGGGAAGGUGCCGAGCUGGAGCGCAGGAACUCCCAGGAGAGCACCAACUACCGCAGACCCACGGAGCAGCAUCAGCCGUCCCACCACGUCCAGCCCAGCAACCCAGAUCUCCCUUCUCCCUGCAGUGUAACCACCAGCAGCCAGCAGCAGCAGCCACCGUCUCAGUCCUACGGCUACAAGGAGCCAGCGGUGCCAGCCUCGACACAGCGCAACGCCCCGGCUGGAGGGGGGAAACGUUUCCGUGCCGUGUAUGACUACAACGCUGCCGACGAGGACGAGGUGUCCUUCCAGGAUGGAGACACCAUCAUCAACGUGCAGCAGAUCGACGACGGGUGGAUGUACGGCACGGUGGAGCGCACGGGCGACACGGGGAUGCUCCCUGCCAACUACGUGGAGGCCAUCUGA